GUGCUGAUAGUGUUAAUUUUGAGUGUGUGCAGUUAUACAGCUACACCGCUAGGGGGCUGUCUAAGCUAACUCUGCCUCCUAUGCAGUAGAAGCAGACUACGUUGUUACUGGCUAGCAGAUGAACAAUGCAUGAGCCAUGUUAAAUAAAAGAGCUUGAACCCACAUAUAUUUUCGAUGUUUUAUUAAAAACAUUACAUGGUACCAGGAGUUGGCCACUGAAGACGGGCAAAAUGGAAAGUUUGAAGCCGCCAGAUGCCGUCAAUUGGUCUGGAAAUGUGGACUGUGAGUGGAGAACUUUUAAACAGCGGUUUAGCCUCUACCUAGCUGCUGUCGGCCUGGAGGAAGAGUCUGAUACACGGAAGAUUGCACUGCUUCUUACCGUGGCGGGUCCUCAAGCUGUGGAGGUAUACAACACCUUUGUUUUUGCCACUCCAGAGGAGAAAGAUGAUUUUGCCGUCGUUGUGAAAAAAUUUGAUGAACACUGUUCACCCAAAAAGAAUGAAACAUUUGAGAGGUAUGUCUUUCGCUCACGUAUGCAGCUACCAACAGAGAGUUUUGAUACGUUUUUGACUGACCUGAAGCUAAAAGCAAGAACCUGUAAUUUUGGCCAACUACAAGAAUCCAUGAUAAGAGAUCAGAUCGUGUUUGGAGUGAAGGAUAAGAAAAUGAGAGAGAGACUUUUGCGAGAAGCAGAAUUAACAUUGGAUGGCGCAGUCAAAAUAUGUCAUGCCAGUGAACUCGCACUUCAACAUGCAAAAACCUUUCACGGCUCAGCAAUGGACAUGGAAGCGUCAGCCGUGGCUGCAGUAACCACACGGCAAGGCUACAAGAACAAAAAGGUACAAAAGACUUACUCGAACGAGUCAGAGACAUUUCAGUGCAAAAGAUGUGGCACAAAACAUGCAAAACAGCAAUGUCCAGCUUAUGGAAAAAUCUGCAACAAGUGCAAAGGACACAAUCAUUUUGCUAAGCAAUGUUUUACAAAGAACAAGCAAAAUCAAAAAGACAGAGUACACACAGUGGAGGAAACUGCCCUCAGUGACACGUUUUUCGUGGGGAUGGUGACACAACAGGACACACCCAUGGAGCAAGUAACGGUCAAUACAGUGGAGCAGGACAAAUGGACUGAGACAUUACAAGUGAACGGAGCCCUGGUCACAUUUAAACUGGACACAGGAGCCAAAGCAAAUCUGGUGAGUGAGCGGGAUGUGAAAGCUAUGAAAAUAAAGCCAUUCAUUUCCCAAAAUAACAGUUCACUUCAAGCAUACAAUGGACAGCCAAUCCACACCAAAGGUAAAUGCAGACUCAAGGUACAAGUAAAAGGUAAAUAUCACAAUCUGAUGUUUAUUAUUGUACCAGAAGGACAUGAUUCACUUUUAGGAGACAAAGCCUGUGAGAAAUUAGGCCUAGUCAGAAGGGUCUACAGCAUAAGCAGUUCAGAGCCAAGUAGUGUGAAAGCUAUUGUGAACAAGUACCCAGAUAUAUUCAAAGGGUUUGGAGUCUUACCUUUCACCUACAAGAUACAGUUGAAAGAUGGAGCUCAGCCUGUAGUCCAUGCACCUCGACGUGUUCCAGCUGCACUAAAGGACAAGCUUAAAGAGGAACUGGAUCGAAUGGAGUCUCUAGAAGUGAUCAAGAAAGUGGAGGAACCCACUGAAUGGGUUAACUCCAUGGUGUGCAUUAAUAAGCCAACUGGUGCUCUGAGAGUAUGUAUGGAUCCGAAAGACUUAAAUGCUAACAUAAAGAGAGAGCACUACCAGAUACCUACAAGGGAUGAGAUAACAAGUGAAAUGAGUGGCGCCAAGUUUUUUAGCAAACUGGACGCCUCACAAGGAUUUUGGCAACUCAAGCUUCAUGAGGACAGUACAAAAUACUGUACAUUCAACACGCCAUUCGGACGGUACUGCUUCCUGAGAAUGCCAUUUGGAAUCUCUUCAGCUCCUGAAAUUUUCCACAGGACAAUGGAGCACAUGAUUGAAGGCAUUGAAGGAGUGAGAGUGUAUGUGGAUGACAUAAUUUUGUGGGGAUCCACACUUGAACAGCAUAAUGAAAGACUCAAUAAAGUGCUGCAGAGAGUCAAGCAGUAUGGACUGAAGUUAAACAGAGCAAAAUGUCAGUUUGGAGUGACAGAAAUCACUUUUCUUGGAGACAAGUUGACAGCAGAAGGCAUCGAGCCGGACAAAGACAAAAUACGAGCUAUACUAGAGAUGCCUCGUCCAGAAGACAAAAAGGGUGUUCUGAGAGUACUUGGAAUGAUUAAUUUCAUUGGAAAAUUCAUCCCGAGCUUGUCGUCUAAAACAGUUCACCUGAGACAACUUCUACAUGAUGGAUGUGAAUUCAAGUGGAGUGACAAUCUUGAAAAGGAAUGGCAACAACUGAAAAAGACACUGACAGCCGAGCCUGUUUUGGCAUAUUUUGAUCCGAAGAGAAAAACAAAGAUAUCCACAGACUCAUCAAAAGAUGGGAUUGGAGCAGUUUUGUUGCAAGCUUAUGGAGACAACUGGAGGCCGGUGGCCUACGCCUCAAGAACAAUGACUGUGUCAGAAUGUCGCUACGCUCAAAUUGAAAAAGAGACUUUAGGGCUAGUGUACGGAUUCGAGAAGUUUCACAGCUAUGUCUACGGGUUACCAACAUUUGUGGCUGAGACAGACCACAAGCCGUUAAUAGCCAUUAUCAAGAAAAACUUGAGUGAAAUGUCUCCGCGCAUUCAAAGACUCAUGAUGAAGCUACAACGCUAUGACUUCAACUUAAUCUACACACCAGGUAAGCUCAUUGUGUUAGCAGAUGCUCUCUCUAGGGCCACUACACAAAGCAAAGAACAAAGCUCCACAGAGACAGAUGUAAAUGUACACGUAAACCUGGUUGCAAAGUCACUUCCAAUGUCAGACAUGAAAUCAAAGCAAAUCGCUGCUGAGACACAAAAAGACACUUAUCUCCAAAGGGUAAUGGCACUGUUACAUGGAAAAUGGCCAAGAGGUGAAUGCCAACCAUACUACAACAUCAGAGCAGAGUUGAGUGUGGUGAAUGGACUUUUACUCAGACAAAACAGAGUGGUAAUUCCAAACUCACUGAGGGAGGAUAUGCUGAAAAGAUUGCAUGAGGGACAUCUCGGCAUAGAGAAAUGCAAAAGGAGAGCCAGAACAGCAGUCUUUUGGCCAGGAAUCAAUGCAGACAUUGAGAAAAUGGUUUCAAGUUGUGACACGUGCAUCAAACACCAGGCAAAGCAACCAAAAGAGCCUUUGACUGUAACAGACAUUCCAGAUGAACCAUGGCAGAAAGUAGGGACAGAUAUUUUCCACUUGGAUGGUAAAAACUACUUGUUAGUUAUUGACUAUCUAUCCAACUAUCCAGAGAUGGCACUAUUAUCCAACAUGUCAGCUACUUGUGUCAUAAUGCAUAUGAAAUCAAUCUUUGCGAGACAUGGAAUACCUCAGAUUGUUGUCAGUGACAAUGGACCUUGCUAUAGUUGUAGAGAGUUUCAACUAUUUGCACAAGAUUAUGACUUUAAACAUGUGACAUCAAGCCCGCUGUACCCGCAGUCCAAUGGGAAGGCAGAAAAAGGGGUACACAUUGUGAAACAGUUACUCAAGAAAGCACAAGACAGUAAGGCAGAUCCUUACUUGGCACUACUGAGCUACAGAGCUUCACCAUUAGAGCAUGGAAAAUCUCCUGCAGAACUACUAAUGGGAAGACAACUGCGGACUACUCUUCCUUAUACAACUACCAAGAAACACAAGCAAGUCCAAGACAAAAUGAAACGUUUGCAGAAGAGACAAAAAGUCAACUUCGACAAGUCGGCAAAAAGUUUAAAACCACUUGCACCCAAUGAUACAGUCAGAGUGGAAGAUUCAAACAUCUGGACAAAGAAAGCAACCGUGCUUGAGGAAGUGAAUCCGAGAUCCUACAAUGUGAAAACUGAAGAUGGACUAAUACUAAGGAGAAACCGGAGGAGUUUGUUGCACACUUCAGAGACUUUGAGAACAGAUGAUGGACGGUGUGAGGACAACGAUAAAACAACACCUGAACUAACCUCACCUGCAAAGGACAGCGAGCAAGCGCCAGCGCUCAGAAGAUCGGGACGUUCGGUUAAACCACCUGAGAGACUGAAUCUUUAAAUGAGUUAAAUCUAAAGUAAUCCAUGUUUUGUUUAAAAUGAGUUAAAAAGUAAUACAUGCUUUGAUGUUAUAAAAAAAAAAAAAAAAAAAAAAAAAAAAAAAAAAAAAAAAGUUAAUUCAAACUAAAAGAUAAAAUUCAGAAUGUGUUAAAAGAAAUGUUUAAAUACUAUGUUGAUGAGUUUAGCAUGUUAUGCAAUAUGUUGAAUGCAUAUUACUCUGAUAUGGUUCAGCUAUCAUUCAAAGAAAAGGGGAUGUGCUGAUAGUGUUAAUUUUGAGUGUGUGCAGUUAUACAGCUACACCGCUAGGGGGCUGUCUAAGCUAACUCUGCCUCCUAUGCAGUAGAAGCAGACUACGUUGUUACUGGCUAGCAGAUGAACAAUGCAUGAGCCAUGUUAAAUAAAAGAGCUUGAACCCA